AUGUCAAGAAAUAAGGUGAUAUUUAAGAUCAACAGGAAUUUAUGGCAGCUGACAAAGUUCAGGUUCUCAUGGUUAGAUAUCCCUCACAGUUGGCCUCUUUUGGUUCAGUUUUUGGAAAAGUAUAAACCACAAGUAACAAGCAAAGCAGUAGCAUGGAAUUGUCCUCCUAAUAGUUGGUAUAAGUGUAAUACAGAUGGGGCAUACAAGAACAGCACAGGUCAAACUUCAUCAGCAUUUUGUAUCAGGAAUAGUGAAGGAAACUUAGUGCAUGCUUGGGCAAGCAUUAUUCGAGAUGCAUCCUGUACUUUCCACAUAACAAAUUAUCAGGAGCUUCCAUCAGUGGCUAAAGGAAUUCUAAAUGCUGAUAAACAUAAUAUGCCUAACGCAUUCAAGAAACGGCAUGUUAGAGAACCGGACUUAACUUUAAAUGAUUUACAAAAUGCAUGA